UGGCAUAGGCUGUGCAGAGGCCGCCAGUCGAAGAAAUGCUGAAGCCGUCCGUGUUGUUGUUGCUCCUGGUGGCCGCUGCCUGCAGCGCUGCGCCCCCAGCGAGGGCUCACAGGUUCAGGACUCCCCACCAGGGCCGCAUCGUGGGCGGCGGCCCGGUGGACAUCUCGCAGUUCCCGUGGCAGAUCUCGCUGGAGUACAGGAACGAGCAUUACUGCGGCGGGUCCAUAAUCAGCUCCAAGUGGGUGCUGACUGCGGCACACUGUGGCGACCAUAAUGCGCAGUAUUACUUACUGAGGGCGGGCACUUCCUUGCGUGAGUCGGGAGGCACCGUUUACGACGUCACUACUGUGAUCGUUCACGACAGAUUCAGUUGGUCAACAGGAGAUUACGAUAUCGGAGUGCUAUCCAUCGACGGAUCCUUCACGUUUGGUGACAAUGUUCAGGCGAUCACUCUCGGGACGACGGAACCCGACGUUGGCACGUCGGUUAACAUCAGCGGCUGGGGCAACCUGCAGUACGCAGGGUCGCCGCCGAUACUGCUGCACGCCGUCACCACAGUGCUCAUCGACAGAGCGACGUGUGACGAGACGUGGCGAGACAUCACGUACAACGAGCUGUGCACCGGAGGAGAACACAAGGGCGCUUGCCACGGGGACAGCGGCGGAGCCCUGGUGGUUGGCUCCACGCAGUACGGUAUCUUCUCGCGCACAAGCUGCUCUCGCAGUGGAACUCCUGACGUGUACACCAGCGUCCCAGCCCUGCGAUCCUGGAUCACUGACAACACCGGCAUCUGAGUAACAUAACUGUCUACACCCACUGUAUGCGCUCAGGAUGGCCCUCGAUACAAAGUAAUGAAAUUUACAAAAUACAAUAUUUAUUGGAUGAUAAUGUCUGCUCUGUUUAAAAAGUGUUGCCCUGAUAGUAUGCACUAGUAGCAUUUGCUAAUAUUAGUGUUACAUAAAACCAUUAGAAACAAGAAAUAUAUGCACUUAAAUCAGCUAAUAAUAAUAUGACAUCAAUGUAAUUUUUUCUCAUUAAUAUUGGUAUUCACCAUCUAUUACUUUCACAGUUCUUCCGUAAAUGAUCAAGAUUUUUCACAGUAAUCAACUUUUGCUAAUCUCUUCAGAUGUUUUCCCUGUCUCCGUCUCUCUUAAGUAUGGACAUACACACACACGAGAGAGAGACAUAGAGAGAGAGAGAGAGAGAGACAGAGAGAGAGAGAGAGGCACAAAAAAGAAGCAUCGAGCCUCUCAUGUGGCGACCUGUGUGUACAAAUAUACUGGUACAAGCUUCUGACUGAACGAAAUUCAUUUCCUUCAUUACUUUUGAAAUUUUCAGCAUCCGCUAGCAUCUUUAAGUCACAAUGGAGGUAUUAAUACAUUUUUUGCUGUAUUCUUUGCUAUUUUCUAUGCAUGAGUAACAUAAGUUGCAAAUAGUGGAGGCAAUUUUUGGUAAUAGUGUUAGAUUUAUACAUGUUACCGUUAAUUCUAAUUUUGUCUGAGUCUUUAAAACAAACAUUGUAAAAGAGUAAAUGUAUUGUAAGACUGGUGUUAAUAUAGUAAAUUCAGUUGCUUACA